UUGCAACUCAAAUCAAAAGAUCCACAAAUGAAAGCCACAAAAAAACAAACGAGUUAACACUACACAAUUGCACGUUUGGUAGGUCCUUUAAUUUUUUGACUUGCCAACGAACUAUCACUCCCUUCCUUUUCUAUUCAUCUUUUUUUUUUUUUUGAGUUAAAUGGAGUAUUUAAAAUCUGUCUACAUGCACUAUAAAUAAAUAUGUACGCAAGUCUCUGAGCAAUAUAAUAUAAUGGAUAACUUUCGUGCAUGGUUUACAUCAUAUGAACAAAAUGAUGAAGAAGAUUAUUGUCCCCUUUUCUCACCUCCUCCGCCUCUUCCUCCUCCUCCUCCUCCCACCGGUGCACCACCACAAGGAGGAGGAUGUACAAUAACCAACCACCACAAGUUCGACGACGAAGACGACGCUCCUGUUGUCGCCAUCCAACAAACUGACCCAACGUUAUUCUUUCGACGACAACAACAACAACAACAACAUGUUCUGAUGCCGGACAACACCACCAGCAGCGGCAAGAACAAGGGAAAGAACAUGCGGCGGCACUACAAAUCCUCGGCGGUGCAAGGGGAGAGCAGCACGAGCGAUGAGAAGCAUAAGAGGAUGAUGCAUAGAGACAUUGAAAGACAAAGGCGGCAAGAAAUGGCUAGCCUCUAUGCCUCCCUCCGCUUUCAACUCCCUCUUGAAUACAUCAAGGGAAAGCGUUCAGUGUCAGAUCACGUGAUGGAGGCAGCGAAGUACAUUGAACACAAGCAGAAGAGCAUACGCGAGCUGGAAGAGAAGAGGGACAAGUUAAGGAGUUGGAGUAAAAACGGCGAUGACGGAGGCGGUCACGUGGCGUCCGCCGCGGUCACAGUCCGGCCGUGUUUGGAGGGGGUUGAGAUACUGAUCAGUUGUGGGAUUCCCAAACAAGGGUUUAGGGUUUCAAGGGCUCUUCAUCUGCUUGGGGAUCAACAAGGCCUUCAACUCCUCAGCUGUGUUUGCUCCAGAGUUGAUGAUACACUACUCCACACCAUAAGAGCUCAGGUUAGUUCUCAUGCAAGAGUUGAUUUUCAAGAGCUGCAACGGAAUCUGAUUUAUGCUCUAAACAGCUAGAAAGCCAGCAGCAUAAUAAUAAUAAUAUUGUUAUUAU